AUGGGUGUUGUCGAGUUCCUGACCAGCGGCCAAGUAUCAAUGGACCAUCAGGACUUCAAAGGCCACGGCUACAAGAACAGCUUGCAUAAACUCACCGUCAUGAACAAGAACCACUCACAUUCGUCCAAUAGCAACCUCUACACGCAUAGCUUCAGAUUGCGACCAGCGUACACGAGCGAUAUCAUGCCCUAUACCAACUACACGUAUGACUUCAAGGGAAUUAUUGAUUACAUCUUCCACAGCAGCGACACUAUGAUCACUCUCGCCGCGCUCGGUCCUAUUUCCCUCGACUGGUUCAAGGACAACAAGGUUGUGGGCUGCCCGCACCCACAUGUGCCCUCUG